AUGUCAUGUGAACAGUGGACCAUCGACGAAUAUGUGGCAAGGGAGAAAGGUGAAGAUUACAGAAAUCACGUUAAUGAAAAUAAUGCUGCCAUAGUAAAGACGGGACUUUGCAAAGAUGUUGCGCAAUCGCUGGUUCAGUUAUUUGAAGAUGGGUGCGAACUACCAUUUAUUGCUCGUUAUCGUCGGCAUUUAAUUGGUAAUGCAACAACUGAUGAUUUACGACAUUCGAUGGGAGCAUUUAAGGAAGCGAAGAUGGUGAAAGCUAAGGCCAAAAAACUUCUGGAGCGAGCAGAUGCUGAAAUUGGGGAGGAUAAUAUAAGAGCUUCUGUGAAAAAUGCUCUUGCUAGAUCUAUGGAUAUAAAUGAAUUAAAUAGUUUGUUCGAACCUUUUAAGAAAGUUAAGCAAGGUUCAUUAGCUUCAAGAGCCGCGUAUAGUUAUUCAGAACUAAACACUUCGGCAAAAGUUGAAGAAAACACGGUCCAUUUGUUAUCUCAUUAUUUACAUCAUUUGGAAGAAACGCAAGUUCUGUUGCAAAAUUUGGUUGAAUCAAAUAACAGUUUGAAUAUUUAUUUGAAAGUGAAAUCAAAACUUACGAAACAUGCAAAAAACUUGAAAGAAACAGACAAGGAUUUUGUUUUACUUGAUAAUUUCAAAUUAUAUCUGGAUUUCGAGAAAAAUGUUCGAUUUGUUCAGCCUUUUCAAAUCUUAGCCUUGGAACGAGCUUCAUCAAAGAAAAUUAUCACUUGGAAAAUAGUUGUCGAUGACCAGGUUGCAAAUUUCCAUCCGGGCAAACGAUUAACUUUUCAUUCCAGGCAUAUAAAUUUGCUGCAAAGAGCAGUUCAAGAUUCCGUGAAACGUUUUUUCAUCCCAUCCAUUGAACGUAAAGUGCGGAAGAAAUUACUGGAUUAUGCAGAAAAUUCAGCUAUCGACUGUUUUGCGAAGAAUCUUCGCGAAUUAAUGUUGACUGCUCCACUUAAAGGAAAUGCUGUUCUUGCUAUUGAUCCCGGUUAUGUGAAUGGAUGUAAAUGUGCACUUGUUGAUGAAAAUGGUAAUCUAAUCGAAACAACCAUAUUCUAUCUUCGACAAUCACGUUUUAACUCUUGGCUUCCGGAUGAACGUGCUGAAAGUGUUUUGGAAGCACUUGCAUCGAAAAUAGCUAGUUUACCUCUUGUUAUAGCGAUUGGAAAUGGUACGGGAAGUCGAGAAGUCCAAACUUUCAUAGCAUCAUUAAUUCAGCAUUCCAUUUAUCAUUUAAGUGUUGUUUCGGAAUGUGGUGCAUCUGUAUAUAGUAUUACGGAGUUAGCAGCUAAGGAGCUACCAGUGAUGGACGUAAAUUUACGAAGUGCAGUAUCACUUGCUAGACGAGUUAUUGAUCCAAUAUCGGAAUAUGUAAAAAUAGCUCCAAAACAUCUUGGUAUUGGAUUAUAUCAGCAUUCAGUGAAUGAAAAGCGUCUGAAUGAGAUGUUGGAUAUCGUAGUGCGCGAAUGCGUGAGUAAUGUAGGGGUGGACGUGAAUGUUGCUUCACUUCAAGUUUUGCAGAAAGUCUCGGGUUUGAAUAAAAGAACGGCUGCCAGUAUAAUCAAAUAUCGUCAAGAUAAUGGAUUGAUAAAAAGCAGAGAAGAAUUGAAGUGUAUAAAUGGAAUUGGUUUAAAGUGCUUUGAGCAGUGUGCAGGAUUUCUUUAUGUGUAUGAACCGAAUAAGCCGUAUGAAAUUGUAAGAAAGAAGGCGAAACUUAGUGCUAAUUACAAUCCACUCGAUGCAACACGCGUUCAUCCUGAAAGCUACGAGAUUGCAAUGCAAUUACUGAAGUAUGCCAAUAUCGACUUGAGUUAUGUUGGACAAGCUUGUUUCCCGAAAAUGCUAUCAAAGAUUGAACAACAGGUUCAAAAGAAAGAUCAGAAAUGGAGCAUGGUUUGGGAAUUACUAGUGCAUCCUUUCGUGAGGAAAAAUUCACCAAAGCUUCUGACAAGCGUCUUGGAAAUGAAGUCAUUAAAAAAAGGCGAUAUAUUGGAAGGUGUUGUGAGAAAUUACGUACAGUUUGGUAUAUUUAUUGAUAUUGGCAUCAACUUCAAUGCGCUCGCACACUCAUCGACUUUUUCAUCCGUACUUCCUGAGCUUCUAGUUGGUGGUUAUGUGAAUUCGACGGUGAAGGUGAAAAUAACUGAUAUUGAUAUAAAUAAAAGGCGUAUCAAUGUCAUUAUACUUUAAUU